ACGUUGGUGUACAUUUCAGGAGAAGAUUUUUGAGUGUGCUUGAUUUGAUCCUGAAAGACCAUUGGGAGCAAGCUAAAGGAAGCAGAGCAUCCGUUUUUUAACGCGCUCCUUGUUCUACGAGAGGCGAGUGCGUAAAGUUGGGUGGGCACCCACUGGGCUUGCCAGUCCCUAGUGUGCGUGUAUUGUAUUUAUGUUUGUAUGGGGCGACUUUUGGUUUUCCCCUCGCUCGAAAACAGAUGUACUGCAUCUCACUUGGUCCAGACGAGAUUCAGAAAAAAAGGAGGGGACUCUCGAACAGCAGACAAUGCGGUUAUUUGCUCGCCUUGUCAUUAGCAGACACGUCCUUAAAAGAAGACAUGUCUGAAGAUGGGGAGAUAUAUUUAUUUUAAUCAUGUAUUUACGUUUAUUUUGAUUUUCUGAAACGGUUACGUUUUUUUACCCUCGGUUUUAAUUUAUUAAUUUAUUAUAAUUAUUUUUGAAAAGAUGAAAUUCCCAAUAGAAACCCCGAGGAAACAAGUUAACUGGGACACCGAACAAGUGGCGGUCCAGACCAACUUGGUCCCUCCCAAGAAGGCCCAGCCCGGCAUGGUGAAGUCCAGCCUGGUCCAGGCUAGUGUGGCUACCAUGCAGAACCCAACGGGCUGUGAGCCCAAAGCCAACGGCCACUGCUCGCUGCCUCGCCUGUCCAUCUCGUCGCGCUCGGCCAGUGUCGUGGCCAGCAUGGACACCAGCUGCGACGGCUCGCUGGCAGCGCUGCACUCGGUCAUGAAGUGGAAGACCGUAUUGGCCGUGUUCAUCGUGGUGGUCCUGUACCUCGUGUGCGGGGGUCUGGCAUUUAGGGCGCUGGAGCAGCCGUUCGAAAGCGACCAGAAGACCAGCAUCACUCUGGAGAAGGCUUCCUUUCUGGCAAGACACUCAUGUGUCACACCCGAUGAGCUGGAGGCUCUCAUAAAGCAUUCCAUCGACGCUGUGAGUGCCGGAGUGAGUCCCAUAGGCGACACUUCGUACAACUCCAGUUACUGGGACCUGGGCAGCGCUUUCUUCUUCGCCGGAACUGUCAUCACCACCAUCGGUUAUGGAAAUAUCGCUCCCAGCACGGAGGGCGGGAAAAUCUUCUGCAUUCUUUACGCCAUAUUCGGCAUCCCUCUUUUCGGCUUCCUGUUGGCCGGGAUCGGCGAUCAGCUGGGCACUAUUUUUGUCAAAAGUAUUUUGAGAGUGGAGAAGAUCUUCAGGCAAAAACACAAACAGAUCAGCCAGACGAAGAUCCGGGUGACGUCCACCAUCCUCUUCAUCUUUGCCGGUUGCAUCGUCUUCGUCACCGUUCCCGCCGUCAUCUUCAAACACAUCGAGGGCUGGACCACGCUGGAGGCCAUCUACUUUGUCGUCAUCACUCUCACCACAGUGGGGAUCGGCGACUAUGUGGCGGGCGGAAACCGCAGGAUUGACUACAUGAAGUGGUACAAGCCUCUGGUGUGGUUUUGGAUCCUGGUGGGUUUGGCCUACUUUGCGGCCGUCCUCAGCAUGAUCGGAGACUGGCUUCGAGUGCUAUCCAAGAAGACCAAAGAUGAGGUUGCCGCUCACGCAGCCGAAUGGAAGGCGAACGUACGAGCCGAGUUCCGGGAGACGCGGCGGCGCCUGAGCGUCGAGAUCCACGACAAGCUCCAACGGGCGGCGACCAUCCGCAGCAUGGAGCGCCGCCAGCUGGGUCUGGAACAGCGGGCCCACUCUUUGGACAUGCUGUCUCCUGAGAAGAGGGCUGUUUUUGCCAGUCUGGACACCGGCCGCUUUAAGACUUCAUCCCAGGAGAGCAUUGACACCAAGCUAAACAACCUGCGGCUGAAAGGCGCCUGCGAGCCCUACGAGCACCGCGGCGUCGAGCGGAUGCCACAGACGGCCUCCUCGUCGGAGGAGAAUCUCUUCAACCUGCGCUUUGGCACGCUCACCAAGCUGGCCAGGCGCAGCAAGAACCGCGAGAUCCGGAGGAACGUACCCGGCGACGCUCGACGGGCCAGCGUCGGCGUUGGCAACGGGAACGCCAUGUUUGACGAAGAGCGGGGCGAGGGGGGGGAAGAAGAUUGUGAGCUCGAUGAGGAAGGCCAGGAGAGGAAAGAGAGGAACACAAGCUUGACAAACCUGUCGCAGUAUUCCACGGAUCGCUCCAAGUUGAACGGAUGCAUACCAGAACUGCCGAAUCACCAAGAUGACUAGGCAGGAGAAACUCUUCUGAUGGAGGGGUCGAGACUCUCAGUAGAAGUCUACUCGUGCCCCUUGAGGUACACUCGAAAAGAAUUUCCUGGACUCCAAGUAGCAUUUGUACCUCAAGAACUCUCCAAAGCCAGAGUGAUUUGCGCUUUGCCGGAGAAUUUAAUCAGACAAAGGAGUCUCGUCUUGACUGUCAUUUCAGUCCAAAUUAUAGUACCCCGAAAUUUCUGGACGGGAACUGUCCAAAAGCAGAAUGGUUAGCUUGUCCUGUCGAGAAAAUCAUCAGACCAAGAGACAUAAGACCGGCCCAAGGAGCCGCUUCCGCUCCCCUCGAUGGGAUCAUUUCUGAACUCCAAGGAGAGAUGUGCACGGUGAACGUUUGCCUGCCACAACUGUGAAAAAAAAAAGACCACUUAACUGCUUGUUCGAGGAAAGCAUCGGACAAAGUGAGACAGACUUGUGCCCCUCAAAGUACAACCUUGAAAACAAUUGUACCCUAUUGGGCUACGAUAAUAAUAGAAAUGGAGAAGAAAUGAAAAUCAUUUCUGGAUUUCUCAUGGAGCCUUUCAACCAGUCCAAUUGUCCAAAACCAGACUGAUGACCUGUUCACCGGAGAAUCUUAUCAGACGGAGGGAUAUAGACUUGCAGAAGGAGUCCGCGCGCUAGCCUCAAGGUACCAGCGAAAAGAAUCGUACCUCACUGCGAUCAUUUCGAUAAGGAGAGCUCAAAGUCUGGUAAAAGUCAUCGUUGCAUUGAGCGUUCAUCCCACCGGCAGGACUUUGCAACGCCGACAUUUUUGCAGAAGUCCACGGGCAUACGUCCAAGAAAUGUGCCUUUUUCCGUUCCCUCAGUUAGCUUGGAGCCGCUCCUGGGAAUUGCUGUCACUGUGCCAUCAAAUCACGGGGAAGCAAAACCCGUUGCCCAAAAAAAAACUAAUACCGUAUUGGCCCAAAUAUAAGACGGCCCUGAUUAUAAGACGACCCCCUCUUUUUCAAAACUCAAGUUUGAAAAAAGACUUUUUGAACACCAAAUUAAAUUUUGAUACAGAAAAUAAUGACAGUACAUCUGAAACUAAUGAUUAUAACAAUAUAUUUGAGAGAAAAAGCAUGUUAUUUUGCCUCAUUCAAAUCUCAAUAUCUGAACAUUUAAAUAUGUAAACUAAAGUGCAAUCACAUUUGUAAAUGAAUGUCUUGUGGUUUUUGAAAUGUAAAUGACAUUGUAUCUUCUCCUCAGCUGCCGGUUAACCUGGCCCAUCUUCGACCCACUUUUCUCCAGAAUGUUGCUACGUUUCUCCAUUUUCUCUUAUCUCCGAUUAUUUUCUUUUCUUUCUUACCGCUAUUUGUUAUUUUUCUUCUUUGUGCUACCGCUAUUUUUAUUUUUAUUUUUAUUCUUCGUGACAGGGGUUCGCUUUGGCCUGGGGAAUCAAGUUCAGUAUUUGCUUCAAUGAUAUCUGGCGCCAUCUAGCGUCGUGAAUGGGUAUAAUGUCUAGUUCCCGAAUAUAAGACGACCCCCACUUAUUCAGUCUUAACAAAAAACACCGUCUUAUAUUUGAGCCAAUACGGUAAAACAAAGCAAAACCGAGGAGACCUGUCGUCUGAAUACCACAUCGCAGAUUUUUUUUUUUUCCCUUUGGCUUUCAUCGCAGUGUUAGCUGGCUAGCUAGCUCGCUCCAAUAAGAUGCUCCGAAAACAAACUUGGACAUAUAAAUCCACAGCAUCGUCCAUCUUCACUUCGCGUCAUUGAUUGCCGCUUUGUCGUCAUGUAAAGCCUCGUCUAUUUUUGGACCGCCGCGGAAGACCUCGCGAAAGGUGGGAGAGGCCUCGGAUCAAUGAACACAGACUAAGUGACUGUCAACCACAUCAUGCUAAUCAACCUUAUUGAUUGUGCGUGGGGAGCCGUGCGUUUUUCAAAUGCAAUGCUCCUCUCUCGUGACUGAGAGGGCGAAGAAAUCCCGAUUGAUAGGCACUUGCUUUUUGUAACACCACAUUUUUGUACUCACCAAGCAUGUUUUUGCAUCACUGGAAUCAUUUGUUUUCGACAUCAGUGGAACACAUGCGUUGUUGUUGUUAAUAGUUUAUCUCACCGAUACGUGUAAUAGCGGAUCUGGAAUGGGUGUCAUUAUUAAGAAUUGAUCACUAAAUUAUUGUCGUCACAAGUAUGCUCCUUUUGGUACUUUCUACCUAACGUUAAUGUAAAAUUCAGUGAUUAAUUGAAUCAUAAGAAUACAGUUUACAAGUCCAUUCCAAUACUGGACCAUGUGAAAUGUCCAUCCAUCAAUUCAUUUUCCGAACCGCUUGAUCCUCACUAGGGUCACGGCAUGUGAAAUGUAAUAUUUGAAAAUGUCAAGAAAUUACAUGGUACAAAAUGGUACUGUUGAUACUACAGAACACAUCUAAAUGUACAGUAUUCUACUGUAUCCUUGAUUAGUGCCAUUGUGAAGAGCAAUUUUACAAACAAACGGUCUUAAUGGUUAUGCCCUCUUCAUGACCAUGAUCUGUGAUGAUUCAAUAUUUAUUGUGAACGUUGAAUGAAGAUUUCACGUCAAUUGUAUCCAGUGCCUUUUUUUCUUCCAGAUAAUAAAAAUGGCAAAAGAAAU